GACCUCUGACCUGUGUCUGUUGACUUUACCGUCAGGUUUUGGAGAAUGAGCUGGUGGUUACGGUGAAGAAGCUCAUCGCUGACAUGAUGAAUAUUCCAGUGGCUCAGCAACGAUUACUCUACAAGGGCAAGGCACUGUUAGAUGAUCACAGGCUGAGCGACUACAGUAUCCGACCGAACACCAAACUGAACCUGGUGGUGAAACCCAGCGAUAGGAGCUCGCCAGACGGCACAGCCCAAACAGCUAGGCCGCAGCCUUGGCAACUGGUGUGGGAAAUCCUAGCCAAGCACUUCACCCCAGCGGACGCAGAGAAGGUUCUGGAACAGCUGCAGAAGGUGAGCGAAUAA